ACAAGGAGCGACUUACACUUCUAGUUUAUAGUUUAUACAGUAUGUUCAACAGCUAUCAAAUAUGAAGGAUCAUACACUGUCGCUCGUUAUGUUAGUGCUCGUUGUUUUAACAAUCCCCGCCACGAUUUUUGCAAAAUCGUGCAACAGUUCAGAGUGUGAAACCGUUAAGAUGCCUCUCAUUUCAAACAAUUCAAAAACUCCUCUUGUUGCUGACCUGGACGUGUCUGCUUUACAUGCUCAACCUAAGGAUUAUAUUGAUGAUAAUAUUGUUUCUACUUUUACUGAAAAAAUUGAAAACGCCGUUAACAAAAAGCUACUCAAACUAAAAGACAGUAUGCUCAAAGAAUAUUCUUCGAAGCUGGAAAAAUCACAUACCAGAUAUGACCAAAAAUUAUCAGAGAUGCAUACCGCGUAUGAAAAUAGUUUUUUAAAUCUAUCAGAGAACCAUAGUGAAAAUGUUCAGGAAUGGAAAAGUACGAUGAUGCAAUCAAUGAAUGAACAAAUUGGAUAUUUCCAGAAAUCAAAGAUUGUAUACGAAAAUCAGGUAUCCGAAAUACUGAGAAAUUAUAGAAAUCAGACAUCCCAAACAUCUAUAGAAGCCAUUACAAAUUUUACUGAUCUCAAAACGGAUAUGGAAGAGUGGAAACAUAAUAUGGUUGCUGAUCUCAUCAAAUCAAUCACAAAUAACUUAACACAAUUUGAAACGAAUAUGAUUGAUGAUAUAGAUACGAUGAAAGCGAAACUCGAAAGAUUUCAAGAUAUGUUUCCAGAAGAAGUCCGUGAUUGCUCAGAUGUGAAUUGGUAUGCUGGUGUUUACCAUAUCUCACCCGAUGACUCACAUACGUUUAAAGUGAGAUGCGAGACAGGAGGCUGGACGGUCAUCCAAAAGCGUUUUAACGGAGUUACAGAAUUCUACAGAAACUGGCAAGACUACGAAAAUGGAUUUGGUGAUCUUAAUGAGGAAUUUUGGUUAGGAAAUAAAUAUAUCGCCUUGCUGACAUCACGAGGAAACCAUGAACUGAGGAUUGACCUGGAGGACUGGAGUGGUGAAAAAAAAUAUGCUCUCUUUAAAAGUUUCCGAGUUGGUGAUCAAUCUACGAAUUACAGACUGGCUAUUAGUGGGUAUUCGGGAAAUGCAGGUGAUAGUAUGACGUAUCAUAACAAUACGCCUUUCUCUACUUACGAUCGUGAUAACGAUAGAUCUAGUAUUAACUGUGCAGCUCACAGUAUAUUGAAAGGUGCAUGGUGGUAUAGAGCUUGUUGGAGGUCAAGUUUGAACGGGAAAUAUUCCGAGAGCUCUUCUACAGGAGGAAUAAAGUACAUGGCAUGGAAUAAAUCUCAAACUCUUAAAAAGUCUUCUAUGAUGAUAAAAAAAACUUAAUUUAUGUUUUACAGGUUUCUUUCCCUUCUGCCUACUUUUGUUUGUUACGUCUCAGAUGUUAAGAAAAACAGAUAUAGGCAUACUUCAUUUACCCUCUUAUGGAAUUCUUUUUGAAAAAAUAGUUAUCUAUUGUAUGUUUGUUCAUUUGCCUGACUCCGAAGUAAGUCAAUUUUUGCAACUUUAUAAUAAGGAGAUGUUGUAUACCUGCCGAUGAGACACUUAUAUCCAUUAAGGACGAAAUUACUAUUUGCAAAACACACAAGACAACGUACGACCUUCAAUAUUAAGCAAACCCCAAGACGUGUAUUAUGGAAUGAAAGACGCUGUGAUAGCAAAAUAUGUUACAAUUCAAAUAAGAACAUUAACCGCCCAAAUUAUACGGGGAAUUUAUUUUUUUUAAAUAUAACAGACAGCACCCAACAAAAAACACUGGUUACAGGCUCCUAGUUUUGGACGGAUAUAUAAAGCAUGUGGAGGGAUUAAACACGUUUGUGAAUGCUCAACCAAUUCCCUAACCUAAGACAGUAGUGUAAAAUCAUAGCUAGACGUUGACUGACAUUCAUUAUUGAUAAGUUCAAUUUUCUUCUCUAAUUAACAGGACAUUAGAAAAUUAAUUUACUUUCAGCUAUUAUUUUGGAUGUAGAAACUAGGUGGUGCCACUUGUCAAUAUUUACUUGAUUAACCUUGUACUAUUGGUUAGACGUUAGUAAAGACAAACAUCUCUUAUAAAUACAUGUAACACCAUCCACUAUCCUUCACCAGAAAACAAUUUAGACGUUUGCUAAAGUAAGAAAAUGUAAGGUUUUACUGGAACAAUUCUCAUAUGCUUCGUUUUUAGUUUCGUAAUUCUUUAUAUCAAUAGAACAUUUGUUUACUUACUUUCAUAUUUUCCAUUAAAUCUAUCCCUCUAUUUGUUGGUAUGGUUACCGCAUCUGUAUGUUGAAGGCCCAUUUUUUUUACGAAUUUAAAAUUUAAGAUUCUAUUUUAGUUUAAACAACAGUUUGUGUGGAAUAUACGUCACAGAGACAGCAUCCAAACGACACAGAAAAAGUAAAAGACAUCGGAGGUCUAAAUACAGUCAUUACAUUAGGAAUCUGAUGUUCAGUAGUUGUCGUUUGUUGAUGUGGUUCAUAAGUGUUUCUUGUUUCUCGUUUUUUAUAUAGAUGAGACAUUGGUUUUCCCGUUUGAAUGGUUUUACACUAGUUAUUUUUGGGGCCUUUUAUAGCUUGCUGUGCAGUGUGAGCCAAGGCUCCGUGUUGAAGACCGUACUUUGACCUUUAAUGGUUUACUUUUAUAAAUUGUGACUUGGAUGGAGAGUUGUCUCAUUGGCACUCAUACCACAUCUUCUUAUAUCUAUUAAUAAUUUAUAAUUCACUUUUACUUCUGGUCAAUACGAUUGAUGUUGCAUGAUAUGCUCAAAGUACUUGAAAUCGUUCUGGAUUUUGAUGAUAGUACCUACAGGUUUAUCUAACUUGUUCGCUGCUCGCAUUUUCAAAAUCAAUUUUAACUUUUAUAUUUACCAUGAAAUGAACAAAGAUUAAUACGAAACAGGAAGAUGUGGUAUUACUGUCAAUGAGACAAUUAUCGCCAAAAACCAAAUGAAUUGGAUGUUAGCAACUAAAGGUCACCGUACGACCUUCAACAAUGAGCAAAUUCCAUAGCGCAUAGCAAGAUAUAAAAUUUAUAUAUAUUAAGUUCGUUAAAGUAAUUGUUCCCAAUAGCAGAACACAAUUUUGGUAUUUUAAAGGAAAGAAACUGAUAUCCGUUAUUUUCUAAGUGCUGUCGAGUACUACACGAGACUAUACGGAAAUUCGCAAGAAGGAAUACUUGUCUGAAUGUAAAUAAAUACUUUAUAUACACUUGAACAAUGUUCCGUUCUUCACAGACAUAGUUUUGACAGCUGUAAUGUUUUUAUGUAUAUCACUAGGUUGCGCAUGACUAUGUGACUUAUAUAUAAUAUGUUAUUUAAAUAGAUAAUAAUGUUUUUGAGAUUUUUCAAUAUGAUGCGUUGUUAAUAAAAAAUUUUCAGAAAA